AUGACAGGAAGACCGAUGAAAGAUCGUUACGCAUCUGUACGAGAAAGAUGUGUGGAAAUGGCAAACAGCAGCUCGAUUAAUGUCAAACGAUGAUGCUUCGUAGAUUCUUGCUGUGCUUGACACGCACUUUUAUAGAUGUUGAUGGACAAAAAAGA